AUGACAGACACAGAAAUGAGAGAUGAUUUACAAAAUAUUCAACUAAACAAUGAUACGAUAGAUGAGGGUUUAUACUCCAGGCAAUUAUUCGUUCUGGGUGUAGACGCUAUGAAAGCGAUGAGUCAAUCUGAUGUACUCAUAGUUGGUAUGCGUGGAUUGGGUGUCGAAAUCGCUAAGAAUAUCUGCUUAGCCGGUGUCAAAUCUGUUACUAUCUAUGAUCCGGAGCCAGUUUCUAUGACCGAUCUCUCCUCUCAAUUCUACUUUGACGAUUCUGACGUCGGCAAGCCAAGGGAUCAGGUCGCACUCCCAAAGCUCGCUGAAUUAAACCAAUACGUACCUGUUAAACUUUUAGAAUCUCCAAAAACACCAGGAAAUCCGGAAUCUUGGAGUAGAGAUCUCGUUAAACCAUUUAAAGUAGUUGUUCUCACCGAGGCAUCUCUCAAUAAGCAGCUUGAGGUAAACGAUUAUUGCCAUGAGAAUGGCAUUGGAUUCAUUGCUGCCGACACGCGUGGUUUAUUUGGUAGUGUAUUUAACGACUUUGGCAGCGAGUUCAAAUGCAUUGAUCCAACAGGAGAACCUGCCAUAACCGGUAUGAUAGCAGAAAUUGAGAAGGAUAAAGAAGGAUUGGUUACCUGCCUCGACGAUACAAGACACGGUCUAGAGGAUGGCGACUACGUCACUUUCUCAGAAAUCAAGGGUAUGGAAGAACUCAACGGAUGUGAGCCUAGGAAGGUCUCCGUAAAGGGUCCAUACACUUUUACCAUUGGCGAUACUUCUUCCUUCUCCCAAUACACUUCAGGCGGUGUCUUCACCCAAGUAAAACAGCCAAAGAUCAUUCCUUUCAAAUCGCUCAGGGAAUCACAGAAACAACCGGAAGUCCUUCUUGAUUUGGCAAAGUUCGACCGCCCACCAACCCUUCACGCCGGUUUCCAAGCGCUAUCUGCAUUUAGAGAGCAGCGCGGGGAAUUUCCACGUCCACGCAAUGACGAAGAUGCGCAGGAAGUUGUCAAGCUCGCCAAAGCCACCACCACAGAGGAGCUUGAUGAAGGUGUUCUAAAGGAGCUGGCCUACCAAGCCCGUGGUGACCUUGCCCCAGUCAAUGCUGUCAUCGGUGGCUUCACUGCGCAGGAAGUUCUCAAGGGAUGCUCUGGAAAGUUCAGCCCGCUCUUUCAGCAUCUCUAUUUCGACUCCCUGGAGUCGCUCCCUGAUGUUCUCCCAACAGAAGCUGAUGUGCAACCGCUCAACAGCCGUUACGAUGCCCAAAUUGCAGUUUUCGGUAGAAGCUUCCAAGAGAAGAUUGCCAAUGCUCGUCAAUUCCUUGUCGGUUCAGGUGCGAUAGGUUGUGAAAUGCUUAAGAACUGGUCUAUGAUGGGUCUUGGUAGUGGUCCAGAGGGUAAAAUCCAUGUAACAGACUUGGACACGAUCGAGAAGAGCAAUUUGAACCGCCAGUUCCUUUUUAGAGCAAAGGACCUUGGUAAAUUCAAGGCGGAAGUCGCUGCAGAGGCUGUCGCGAACAUGAACAAGGACCUUCGCGGAAAGAUUCAGAGUUAUCAAGAGCGUGUCAGCCCAGAAACGGAAGAGUUAUACGGUGAGACGUUCUUCAAUUCUUUGACUGGUGUUACCAAUGCUCUUGAUAACGUCGCUGCUAGACAGUACGUCGACAGAAGAUGUGUCUUUUACAGAAAGCCGCUCCUCGAAAGUGGUACCCUUGGCACUAAGGCCAAUACCCAAGUCGUCUAUCCAGACCUCACAGAAUCGUAUUCAUCCUCACAAGACCCUCCUGAGAAGGAAAUCCCAUCAUGCACGGUCAAGAACUUCCCAAAUGCUAUUGAGCAUACGAUCCAAUGGGCAAGGGAGAAUUUCGAUGCCCUAUUUGUCAAGCCACCUACAAAUGUUAACAUGUACCUCUCCCAGCCAAACUAUUUGGAAACCAUCAAGACUAGUGGCCAACAAAGACCACAAUUGGAGGAAUUGCUCGACUCGCUCACCACAUCGCGUCCGAUCAGCUUCGACGAAUGCAUUAUCUGGGCUCGCUACAAGUUUGAGGAGAAUUACAACCAUUCUAUUCAACAGCUGCUUUACUCUCUUCCAAAAGACACUUUGACAUCUUCUGGUGCACCAUUUUGGUCAGGUCCUAAGCGUGCGCCGGAUGCAAUUAGCUUUGACAGUAACAACCCUCUUCACAUGGAGUACAUUGUUGCUGCUGCAAAUUUGCACGCUUUCAACUAUGGUCUCAAGGGUGACAUUGAUGGAGAUAGAUACAAGAAGGUCGCAGAGGAAGCUAUUGUACAAGAGUUCAAGCCAAAGAGUGGAGUCAAGGUACAAACUAAUGAGAAUGAACCAGCACCACAGGAGGAAUCUCACGAUGAUGACGCAUUAGUCGUUAAGAAUAUUACAAAGGAUCUUCCAGAGCCUUCUACCUUAGCUGGCUUCAGGUUGACCCCAGUUGAAUUCGAGAAAGACGACGAUAGCAACCACCACAUCGAUUUCAUCACCGCAGCAUCCAAUUUACGUGCGACUAACUAUGGUAUCACACCAGCAGAGCGCUUGAAGACUAAGCAGAUUGCCGGAAAGAUUAUUCCUGCAAUUGCCACCACUACGAGUGUUGCUGUUGGUUUGGUUUGCUUGGAAUUAUUCAAAAUCAUCGAUGAGAAGAAGGACAUUGAAAAGUAUAACAAUUCAUUUGUCAACCUCGCCCUUCCCUUCUUCGGCUUUUCAGACCCUAUCGCCCCACCAAAGCAAAAAUACGGUGACACUGAAUGGACACUCUGGGACCGUUUUGAUAUCACAGGCAACCCAACCCUUCAGGAGCUCAAGGAUUACUUCACAAACAACCAUAAGUUGGAUGUUGGCAUGGUUAGCCAAGGCACGAGCAUGCUUUACUCCUUCUUCCUCCCGCCAAAGAAGGCCCAAGAGCGCUUGGGUAUGCGCUUUUCUGAGUUGGUUGAGAGCGUCUCCAAAAAGCCCGUCCCUGCUUGGCAAAAGAGCCUUCUCGUCGAGGUCAUGGUUACCGACGAGAACGACGAGGAUGUCGACGUGCCAUUUGUUGUUGUGCACCUCUAAUGUGGUAGUGAAGUGACCAUCCCUUUGGAAUAUAUAAUGCAUGUUUUGUACU